AGACCGUUGGGGCUCUAUUCGCAUUGUGCAGGACUACGCUCAAUGCGAACGUCUGUCUGCAUUCCAUCCCGGACCAUGCCGUGAGGCUCACCGAAAAACGACGUUGGCAUCUGUGACAGCUCGACAGCGGCGUCGGAUCGGCGGGGCUGUGGAACCCCGCUAGGUCGGUACCGUCUAUCUGCUCUCUUCCUGCACAUGUCGCCAUGAGCCAUCUACUUCGGAGGACAGUAACCACCAUGGCUUCUCCCAGGUGGAAAGAGCUAUCGCAAUACGCAGCAUGCGAUCUCGCAGACGCCCUCCUCAAAUUGGACGUACCGGGCGCUGGCUUUCUUCCCGAUAUCACGCCAAUGCCACACACAUCCAGCAGUUCCGGCCCUCCACCCUCCAAGAUCCUCGCCCCAGCAUCAACCUUCCUCAUGAUCCCCAAAGCAACGCCGUCCUUUCCCAAUCCCGCCCCACUACCCAAAUCCGCCCCCGAACCAAAUCUCAAAGUCUCCGGGCCAUGGUCAGACUAUACCGAGCGCGACAGCAUCGUCGUGAUCAGCCAACCAGCCGGCCAAUCCUGCGCAGUCGUCGGCGGCAUAAUGGCAGCGCGGGCGAAAUACCUGGGUGCUCAAGGACUAGUAGUCGAUGGCAGAGUGCGAGACCUCGUUUCAUUAGCAGAGACGGGUCUGCCUAUCUGGUCGAGGGGGACGUCAAUAGUCGGUGCUGGGGCGGAGACAAAGUUUCAUGCAUGGAACGUGCCAGUGCGGGUUGGCGAGACGACCGUGGAGCCUGGUGAUAUAAUUAUGAUAGAUCCGUUUGAGAAUGGGGUUGUUGCGGUUCCGAAAGAAAAGGUGGAGGAAGUGCUGGAGCUGUUACCGAAGCUAGUAGGAGCGGAUGAGAAGAUGAUAACUACCUCCCUCUCUUCAAACUCUGCGAGCCGUUUCUCGGGAUUUUCUGCGUCGAGAUGCGCAAAUCCGACUCUUUCGUGCUGCUCGGAGUCCACAUCAUCGACUUUGAGCAGGGCCAGGGCUGCUAUUCUCCUGGACGUCCUAAGACCUAUUGUGAUUGGUAAAAAGAAUGCCUUCCGUGGAUCGAAGCGUGCCUCAGCGUCCUCGUCAAAAAGGACGUCCCAUUCGAAAGGACUAGUAUCGACGAGUUCAUUGCCCAAUCGCCAACCACCAAGACCUCCUAACUCGGACGAGGCCUGA